CUUACACAGCGAGGAUAAGGAAGGCAAGCGUGCAACCUGAAGAAUUUUGGAUAUACCGAAGUUGAGUGCUUUUCAUGAGGCGGCCUUAUCUCGGCUUGCGAACCGCGACAAUCAAUUAAAUUUUCAACAUCGGCAGUGUUUGUGCACUUACGACCCGUUGCUUUGACCGGCUAGGGCUCAAUUGGCGAUUCCGAGAAGUUGGCGUGGGCAGCUGGAACAAAACGCGCUGGCCUUGUUGGCUCGAGCGCUGUUACUACCAUCAACGGACGACUUGAGCGCUGACAACGCGGCUAGCGUCUGACAGGGCGCCCAGCGGCUUAACGGGCGUGGGCGGACUCCCGGUAUCGUGGCCACGUCCUCCGCUGCUGCAAGGCCCCCUGCCAGUGCCCGCAACGGUCACACCGACGCGUGAGAUGGAUGCACUCUUCUGCGCCCCAUCCUCGUCUUGCUCCUGCUAAGCUCCUCAAACUCUAAGCGUCUGCGAGGAUGGCACCUGCCCAGCCAGGAGGCAGGCCAGGGCUGGCGCUGCCGCACCUGUGGCCAGCCCCGCCCCCGCCGCCCCCUCUCUACUCCCAGUUUGAACACACGCACCUGGCUGCAUACCUGGUGGGCACAUUUGCGGUGGUCUGUCUCUUCAGUGACAGCGCUCAGAACCUCAUUGAGCGCCACCAGCUGAACCGCAAAUGGAUUCUGUUGUACGGCCUGCUGUGCCUCUUCGCCUACAUGUACGCGCGGCCCUUCAUCCGCGUGGGUCUGGGAUCAGCCAAGAGGGGCUUCAUCAACUUUUCCACGCUCUACAUCGUGUGGCUGUGCUCCGCCGUGUUCUACCACCUGCCCUCCCUGGCCAGCCUGGGACUGGACGUGCGCGCUGACGUGUCAUUCCUCAUUGUGGUGUUCCUGGCAUCGCUGGCGGCGCUGACGGUACUGGCGGCGCUGCACACCGCGGCCGUGUCGCUGCGGCUGCUGCCGAGGAGCGCCUACCUGCCCACUGCUACAGCCAGCGUCAUCGCCGCGGGCGGGCCCGCUUCCGCGCUCGGCUCCGGCGGCGGCCUCCGGCACCACCCCUACGGCGCGCCGCCGGGCGCCCCGGCACGGCCCAGGGCUAGCUCGGGCGGUGGCGCUGGGCUGCGGUCGGGCCUGGGGCCAGUUGGCAUGUCCGCUCCGGGCAUGGGGAUGGGCAUGGGGAUGGGCAUGGGUGGAGCCGCCGCUACUCGCGGCGUGGCGGCGGUGGGAGCGGCUGGCGGCCGGGCCGCUGGUGUGGGUGCUGGUGCGGGUGCUGCGGGCAGUCGCGGCACGGCUACCGGCGGCUCGGAGUUCUUCCGCGGGCUGCGUGAGCUGUGGGUGGUGCUGCUGCUCAAUGCCGCCAUCAUUGCCGUGGCCUGCAGCACCUACUACACCUUCUGCGGCAACGGGCGCUUCGUGGUGUCGCCCGGCCGCACGCCCCCGCUCAAGGCGGCUGUGUGCAGCAAGUGGUUGCACCCCAUCCUCACGUCCGAGUACCCGCGCUUCAGCAGCUGGAUGCUGUACGGCGAGGGCUCGGGGCUGGGCCUGGACAUGGGCAAUGCCACGGCGGCUGGCGGCGGCUCGAGUCGCAACGGCAGCAGUAGCAGCAGUAGCAGCUCCGGCUCCGGCUCCUUCAUCAGCGUGGACUUCCCGCUCGACGGCGAGGGGGUCAAGGACGUGCCGGCAGGCGAUGUGCUGUCGCCUGUGUUCUCCAUGUGGGUCACCCUGGUGGCUGUGUACGUCGCCAACAUUUUGGCUGGGCAGCCCGGUCAGGUGAUGGGCAUGCUGGCAGGCGGUGGCUACGGCAGCGGCGGCGGCGGCGUUGACUCGGUCAACAGGCGCCGCACCGUGUCCCAGGGCACGUUGAUGCACGCGCGCAGCAUGCCCCUCGGCAGCAGAUAUGGCCGCUCCUCUGCCUCCGGGAUGGGGGGCGAGGGCGAGGACGGCGCUGGGGGGGCUGCUGCUGGCAGCCGCGCCUCGCCGGGCCUCAAGAUGCGGCGGGUGCCGUCCUACCGGCGCAUCGCGAGCUCGGAGAGGCUGGCGGCUGUAGCAGCGUCCUUUGGCGCGGCUGCUACAGCCCCUGCCACUGGCCCCGCUGUGGCGGCAGCUGUCGGUCUCGCUGAGGGGCCAACUGGCGGCGUUGACGUGCCCGCAGCAGCAGCUACAGCCGCGCCUGAGACAGCUGCAGCUGCUGCUACUGCUACUGCCACCAGCGCAGCAGCCGAGCCCCCCAGCCCCGCGCCGUCGCUGUCGUCGAUCAACGGCAGUAGCAGCGCCAGCGGCCGCAAGGCGCGUGGGCGGCAGCUUGACGUUCGGCGGUUGAUCAGCAAGGUUGGCAGCGCCGGCAGUAGCAGCGCCGGCGGUGCAGGGGCCGGCAGUAGCAGCGCCGGCGUGGUGGGCGGCCUCCGAGGUCGCCUGGCGAGCCUGGCUGCUUCCACGGGCCGCCUGCGUCGCGCCGCCGCCGACUAUGUGCAUGACAACAUCCCGGCACUGCCGGCCAUCAUCGACACGGUGCGCACCGGCAUGGCCGCCCUGGAGCCCAGCCGCCUGGCCGCCGAGCUGGGAGCCGCCUCAGGACUGCCGCCAGAGCUGGCCGCGGCCCUGGCGCGCGGCAGCUCGUUCUCCGGCACCUCCCGCGCCUGCGGCGGCGGCGGCGGCGGCGGCGCAGCGCAGGCCACAGAGUCGGCGGGUGCAAGGGGCCAGGCCGCGGGCGCGUCCGGCUCCGAUUCGGUCACGGGAGGCUCGCCUGGGAGCCUGUCGGCGUCCGCGUCCGCCACGAAUUUGGAGCGGCUUGCAGGUCCGAUGGUGGGUGUGACCCACAGUGCGCCUGCCGCCGCGGCCAUGGGUGCAGGCGCGGGUACAGCGGCAGUGGCUGCGGGUGCGGGGGCGCUGGGGUCGGGAGUCGCGGCGAGGGCACUGCCGGCGGCGGAGGGCGGCGCGGUACCCGCGGCGGCAGCAGGCAGCAAGCCCGGCGCGGUGGGCACGGCCGCGGGCGGCGCGCUCGGCGUAGUUACCGCGGCCAGUGGUGUAGCCCAGCCCCCGCCCCACCCCCAGCAGCAGCAGCAGCGGCAUACGUCACGUCAGGCGAACGGCGCCGGCUCGGCCCGUGCCGCCAACGGCGGUGCUGUGCCGGGACUGACCGGUGGUGGCGGCGGCGGCGGCGGCGCGCCUUCGACGUUGGAUCCUGCGCCGCAGCCCGACUUCCUGGAGAUGGUGCCCUGGUACUCGGGCACCAGUGCAGACAUCAUCAAGACCGGCUUCGACCUGAUGGUGUCCGUGAAGCUGUUCCUGGGCCGCUUCGACAUGCGCACCAUGCAGGCCGCCACCGCCGCCUCCAUGGCCGACUCCUUCAACGACACGCCGGCGGAGGGCGACGGGUUCACGUACGAGCACCUGGACGACCGACAGGAGCUGUGGCUGGACUUCAUCGCCGACACAGGUGACGGCGGCAACCCCACGUACACCGUCGCCGCCGCCCUGGCGGCGCCCACCCUCACCGUGUCCGUGCCCGAACAGCUACUGCCGCCGCCCGGCAGCAACACCAGCCUGGCCGCGGCUGUAGCAGCCGCCGCGCCACCACCGCCACGGCACAUGGCUGUAGCAGCACGCGGCGGGGCUGCUACUGCUGCCGCCACCGCUGCGGAAGGCAGCAAGCUCACCUCCGCGUCGUCAGCCCCGGUCGCGGCUUUGGAUGCGCUGGAUGUCGGGGGGUUCGGCGGGGCCGCCAAAUCCAGCCGCGGCAAGAAGCUUCGGCAAAGCGGCAGCGGCGGCGGAGGCGGCGAUGCAGGUGACGGCAGCACUGCCACCACGUCUGCCGACACCGCAGCGACGAUAUCGCUGCCGCGUGGGCAGCUGAUGCUGAUUGGUGGCGACCUGGCUUACCCCAACCCCUCCCGCGACACCUACCAUCAGCGCCUGUUCCGGCCCUUUGAGUAUGCGUUGCCGCCGCCGCCGCACUUCCACCGCGGCCGACUUGUGGUUCACAAGCCCGACCUGCCGCCGGUGUGGGGCGUGCAGGAGGCGCAGCUGCCGGGUGCGGGCGACCUGCGCGGCAUGUCGCCGCGAUCCUCCCGCCACGCCUCCGCCGCGGCGCUGCGGCGCUGGGGCGGCCCCACCUGCUUCGCCAUCCCCGGCAACCACGACUGGAUUGAUGGACUGGAGACGUUCACGCGGGAGAUCCAGCACAAGGGCUGGAUGGGCGGCUGGCUGAUGCCGCAGGAGAAGAGCUACUUCGCACUGCGCCUGCCGCUGGGCUGGUGGCUGUUUGGGUUCGACCUGGCGCUGGUGCAGGACAUCGACAUGCAGCAGUAUCGCUAUUUCGCCAAUGUGGUGGAGCAACGCAUGGAGCCCGGGGACCAGGUGAUCCUGAUGACGCACGAGCCGCUGUGGCUGCUGGAGUGGUACUGGCACCGCUGCCUGGGCGCCAACCUGCGGCAGCUGGUGCGAGGCCACCUCAGGGGCAGGGCCAGGCUGCACCUGGCGGGCGACCUGCACUUCUACAUGCGACACAGCUGGGUGCAGGAACAGCCGCCGCCGGCAGCCGCGGCGGCGGCGGAGGCGGAGGCGGGUGACAGCAGCAGCAGCGGAAGGCGCGGCAGUAGCCCGUCACCCGAGGCGGAGGCGGAGCUGCCUCAGGUGCAGCAGCAGCAGUCGGGCGGCGGGCUGGGCGCGGCGCAGACACACACCCGUGCCAGCCCCUUUGCGCCGGCUGCAGGGGCAGGACGCCGCCGCGAGGGGGCGCCGCCGGGCGGGAGCAGUGACGAGGAGGAGGAGGACCCCCGCAGGCCUCGCAGCGGCGGCUCCGGCCCCGUCGCCGGGCACAUCGCGCGCAGCGGCAGUAGCUCUCGCCACGCCAUGCCGCUGCCGCCCACCGCGCUGGGCGUCGCCGGCGGGGCCAAGGCGCCGCUACAGCCUGCUACUGGCAAUGCUGCCAUUGCUACUGCCGCCGUCAGUGCUGGCAGCAGCGGCCGCGUGCUGCAGCCGAUCACUGUGCCAUGCAGCGUCGGCACACCUGCUACAGCCGCUGCUGAUGACGCUGAAUUUCAGGACAUGAACGGCGGCUGUAGCAGCCCGCCCGCACACACGGUGCUGUCGCGGCUGCCGCACCCACCAGCUCUGGGCGUGCCGCGCGCGUCGCGGCCCGCGCCGGGGCCGUGUCCCGGUUGCCAGGCCCGCGCCGCAUGGUCCCGCCACCCACACGACCCUGAGCAUCUGGUGGUGAGCGGCGGCGGCGGCGCCUUCCUGCACCCCACACACGUCUUCGCCGCCGCCCGCUUCCCGGCGCCGCACGACCCCGCCGCCGACGCCACCGCCGGCCUGUACGCGGCCGUCAUGCAGCCGUGCACCUGCAGGGUGUAUUCCACGGACGGCGGUGUGUAUGGUGGUGGUGGAGCCGCGCAGGCCGCACCGUACGGCGAUUACCCGCCGCUGCCACAUGGCGCCUCGCCCACAGCUUCGCCACCCCUCCACCGAUACGGCGCCGCCACCUCCUCGGGCAGCGGCCCCCCCGGCUCCGCCCCCGCCGCCCUCGCCCACGCCGGCGCCUCCCCGCAUCGCCCAGGGCCCGGCGGUGGCGGCGUGCAGGGCGCCGCGUACGGCGGUUACGGCCACAGCUACGGAGCCGCUGCCGCCGGUUACGGUUACGGUUACAGCCCGGAGUACGGCAUGGGCGGGUACGGCGGCGGCGGCGGGGAUGAGUACGGCGGUGUGGCGGGUGGCGGCAUCAGCGGUUAUGCCGCGUUGGGUCCUGACGGCGAGUACGUGUGCCGCGCCGCCUAUCCCAGCCCGCGGGCGUCGCUGGCUCUGGGCCGCAAGAACCUGCACCUGUUCCGACUCAAGAACACGCGCUUCGACGUGAUCGGCGGUGUGGUGUACUUCCUGCUGGUGGUGUCCGUACUGCCGCGCUGCAGCAGCCACCUGGCGGCGGUGCUGGAGGCCGAGUCGCCGGCCGCCGCCGCGCUGCACCUGCUGGCUGCCUACUUGGACACGUUGGCCGCCAUCGUGGGCCGCAGCUACGUGUCCGCGGGGGCGCUGGCGCUCAUCUUCGGAAUCACACUGGGCAUGGCCGCAGGAGGCGGCGUGGGGACGGCCAAGGGGCCCAUCCUGACCACCCCCGCCAAGUUGGUGCCGCCAGCCGGCGCGGGCAGCGACACAGGUGACGGCAACGGCUCCGGAGCCGCCGCCGCAAGCCGCAUUGGUGAGGGCGGCGGCGGCGUGGCGGGCCUGGUGCGCUGCCUGGGUCCGCUGCUGCCGGCGCGGCUGGGCGGCUGGUGGCUGCAGGUGGCGUUUGCGGCGGCGCACACGCUGACGCACGUGUCGCUGGCGGUGUGGCUGGUGCUGCUGCUGGAGCUGGGGGUGGAGACGUGCAUACGCUACGAGGGUCUGGGCGCGGACGGGCCGCACAGCCUGUACCGCUGGUACCGCGCAUACGAGCAGGAGCACUUCCCAGACCCCAUGGGUCUUCGGGAGUCACUGGAGCGCUGGACGCUGGGCCUGUACCCGCGUGCGCUGCAGCUCGCCAUGUGGGUGUACGACGUACCGGAGCUUAUUGCAGUGUCGCGCACAGCCAUGUGUGCGGCCGGCGGCUCCCUGGAUGCCAUCAGCAGGCUGCAGGCUGUGGGCUACUACACCGGCAUGCUGGCCUACUACUGGCUGCUGGCCACACCCGCCAUGGGCUUCGUGUUCGGGCUGUACCUGUACCUGUCGGUGUGCUGGUGCCACGUGCACUUUGACGAGGCGUUCUCCAGCCUGCGCGAGCCGGGCUUCAAGUCCUUCGUGCGGCUGCACCUGCGGCCCGACGGCCACCUGGAGCUGUUCACACUGGCGCUGGACGAGGUGCCCAGCAGGUGGCAGGAGGACGCGAGGUGGCGGGGUCCCCAGGGCGGCGGCUGCCCAGGCGUGGCGGCGCACGAGGCAGCGUUCCCCAGCAGGUGGGUCCCGGCGGCGGACGGCACAUCUGCGGGGGGCGGCCACCCAGGCGGGUCGGGCGCAGCGCGCCGCAAGGGGGCGCCGUCGCGGCCGCCGGGCAGCCGGGGCGGGAGCGCGGCAGGCAACAAGGGGGCGGCGGCGGCGCAGCAGUGGCCGCAGUGGCGCCUGGUGGACCAUCUGCUUGUGCCACGGCAGCAGCUGUAGAUUUGUCUUCCUUCGCUAGGUCCGAUGCGAACGUAGUAACGCAUGCAAGCUUUCUUUUUGUUGUUCCUUGUAAAUAGGCGGCGGGGAAAAUUCGGGCGGAGCGAGAGGUGCCUUCGCACGUCCAUGGACAAUUGACUUUCGCGAGGUUGCCCGAAAAGCAAGCCAUGGCUUUGGCAUGGCCACGUCCGGAUUUGCGGGGAUGCCAAAGGCCCCCAACAUAGAGGCGUGUGCUUAGUAGGCGCCCGCGUCAAGGUGGCUGGGUUGAUAACGACCCGGGAUCAGCCCUUUUCCUGCCUCCGUAAGGCAGCCACCUCCUUGUUGUUGUUCCUGUGGCGUGAACGUGAGGGCACGCCAAUCCUAUGUAUUGCGGGGGUUCUCUUGUAUGGACGACUGCGUCCAGACGGCACUUAAUGCGGGCGGAAAUUGCUUCUGCAACUGAGAAGGAAGACGAGUGCCAACUGUGUGUGGUGGCAACAGUAUGACUUGAUAUGCAACAGUAAAGGAAGGUGGCCGUUUUCAGCCCAGAAAGGAAUCAACCGCUCUAUGCUGGUUUCGUGCCAACCCGCCAACUACGUACGUACUGUGACGGGCAGCAAAUAGGUGCAGACGCACCGACACACAUACACACGCACGUGAAGCAAGUUUGUGCUGCAGGUCAGUGCUGGGGCUGCAGUGAUAGAUGCUGUGUGUGUGUGUGCGUGCGCGAGGGUUGUUUUAGGCCGUCAUCGGAGGCGGUAACGGUUGUAAUGCUACGUUGUC